UACACACUACUUUUCUAAUUGAAGCCCUAAUUACUUUGUGUCUUCUUCUCUGUUCAUCUUCGUUUCUCUUGUUCUGUGAAGGUGAUGCAGACUGAAGAGGCCAAAUGAUAUUGCUUCUUGGCCCAUCACCCAUGGCUUCCAAUUUCAAGAUUAAUUGACUCUUCUUCAUUCUAUCCACAAUUUUGUAAAUCCUCAUUAUCUUAAGAAGAAAUUGAAGGAUGGCACAGAUUGGAAAUAGUAUCGGAGAUGGAAGAUGGUCUCUUCAUGGCAUGACUGCCCUUGUUACUGGAGGUACUAGGGGCAUUGGGCAUGCUAUUGUCGAAGAAUUAGCGAGUUUUGGUGCAUCGAUCUAUACAUGUUCUCGCAAUAGAAAGGACUUGGAUGAAUGUUUGGAGAAAUGGCAAAAUAAAGGGUAUAAAGUAAAUGGUUCUACAUGUGACUUGUUCUUAGAAAAUCAAAGAAUCGAGUUGAUUGAGAAAGCCACUGAACACUUCAAUGGGAAACUUGACAUCCUCGUAAAUAAUGCUGCUGUAUGUAUACCAAAAGAGACCACACAAAUUACUUCUGCAGAUUGCUCGCUAAUGAUGGGAACCAAUUUUGAGGCUUCAUACAAGUUGUGUCAAUUAGCAUAUCCUUUUUUGAAAGCUUCAGGAAAGGCAAGCAUUGUGUUCAUCUCUUCUAUAUCUGGGAUCAUGGCUAUUCCUUUUGUUUCUCUCUAUGCAGCAACAAAAGGAGCAAUAAAUCAAUUAACAAAGAACUUGGCCUGCGAAUGGGGAAAAGAUAAUAUUCGAGUUAAUGCUGUUGCACCUUGGAUUAUUGAUACCGCCCUUACAGAUACUGUAGCUGAAGAUUUUGAGUCAAAAGAUGUGGAGAAUUUAAUAAAGAGAACUCCAAUUAGCAGGAUGGGAAAGCCAAAUGAAGUGUCAUCACUUGUGGCUUACCUAUGUUUUCCAGCUGCUGCUUAUAUAACUGGCCAAAUCAUUUGUGUUGACGGUGGGAAAACUGUUUCUGGAUUUCCAUGACUAAUUACUUUCAUGUCUAAACUUUCUGCUCAUAAUGAUCAGUUUCAGAAUCAGUCAAAUGUCAAACAAAGUGUAUUAUUUUGGGAAAUUUUCGCAUAUAACCAUUUAAAAAUAUCUUAAUUA